GCUUCGCGCAUGGUUACUCGUUGUUGCAGUGCCCAAACCACGAGCGCGCAAGCAUGUCGACCACGUCGUCCAUAAGCAUCGACGACUACAUUGCCGACGUCACGUACUGCUACCCGACGGCAACGACCGCCAAAGCAUCGACAGGUGCCUCGUGCGGUCUCGUGUCGUCUCUUACCGUGUGCGCACCAAGCCCGUCUACGCUCUCUGCAACGUGGUCCGUCAACGUUGUCAAUACGUCUCGUCACUCGGUCCUCUCAGCCGUGCUGGUGGUUUGCACACCGUCAACGCCGUGCGCGUUGGCUACGUCGACUACCGGGACCGUGGCCUUUCUUCCUUUUAAGCCGCUUCCGCCGGCGCCCUUUAGCAUAUCACAAUCGGUCACGGGGCUUGCCCCCAAUGCGACGUACGCCGUGUACGUGCUCUCGUCCGACGCCUCGUCCGACUAUAUCGUGUAUCAUUCCCACCAAAUGCCAGCGGCUCUCGAGAGCGAGCCGAUCGCACAGGCGUCGACGGCACCUCUCGUCCCGUCCACAGCGCAGUCAGCGACAACAACCCCACCACCGCCACUGACGUCGACACCGCCGCCCCGAACUCGCAUGGCUGAACACCAACUUUCGACGGCUGCGAUUGUGGGCGUCGUCGUCGCUUGCUUGCUUCUCGUUGCCGGCGUCGCCUGGUGGGUCCUGCGCUACUCGCGGCGUCGACGGCGCCCGCUCCCCGCGCCGCUUGACACACCCACGGUGUUUGAUUUGGACCAGGGCAAGUACACGCAGGUUGUCUACGACGAAGAGUUUUAAGGGGCAAUACAGAAUUUCAAACGGACAAUACAGAGUAUUAAACAGACAAUACAGAGUAUCAAACAGCCAAUA